AUGCGCCGCCGCACCGCCAGCGAAGAGGUGGAGGACUGCGAGGACGCCUUGGAACACGUUGGCCUCACCGUCACCCGACGCACGUGGCCGGUGCGACACGAGGCGGCCCCAAAACACGUCUCCGCCGGCGUUGCAGUGACGAACACGAGCAGUUGGAGCGGGAGCAGCUUCGACGCACCGCUGGGAGAUGGGCUCACCGCAACAAUAACGAGCGGCUCCACGCCGCGGCACAGCACGCUGACGGCGGGGGCCUCGCCCACGUCAACGCACGGCCAGCAGCGGAACCGUGAGGUCUCCAUCGAUCUUGUGUGGGGAGAACGCGACGAGGCGGCGGAGGUGGGCGUCCACGCCGCGAAGACUGUGACACCGUCAACGGUUCUGACCCGUGCGCCGCGGCCACCGGAGUGGAACCACGACUCCUCCCCCGCGGUUGUGCGCCGUCGGCUCUCCCUUCACGAGGAGGGCCGGCGGAGCGGCACCACGGCCACUCCAGCAAUGAUUGUGCCUCAUGCGCAACAAACCCCAUCACCGGAAGUAGCGCGGUUGUCGCUGGCAACGCAGACGCCAACGCCGUGGAACCGCAUGCCGCCUUUGUUGCCAGUGAGAGACCCGCCAACGGAGUCCCGAGAGUUAUCCAUGCGGCCAAGUUAUACGCUGCCGAGCCCACGCACGCCGCUGUGGACCGCGCUGGAGAAUGAAGACGACGACGAUGACGAGGAGCGGGAGGAUGCGGUGGCUGGCUUGCACGACAACGCGGUGGUGCGAUUGCCGCUGGCGCGCCGGCCCUCCUCCUUCGCUCACCACGCCCCGUCGCCGUCGCUGGUGUCCUCUCCGUCGGGGGCCGUGGUGCCCGCCGUCACAGACGCCAGCACCGCGGGAGAACGUCUGCAAGACCCCGAGUCACACGCGGCGGCGACAGCGGGGCACAAGCGAUCAAGGCUAGCGGAGGAGGCGCGAAAGGCGCAGACGGACGCAUGGGUGGAGGAGAUGCGGAGUUUCUUUGCACGCAUCGAAGAACGGCCGCUGCUGACGGUGACGGUAGACGACUAA